AUGUCAAUUCUAAAGUUCCUUAUUCUUUUUACUAUUAUCUAUUACACGGAAAGUACUGUGUACGAUAUUACCACUGGUACUUCGAACUGGCAAUCGAUUCUAAGUAAUUUGAAAGCUGGUGACAUUGCCACCAUUCACCAGGGUACUUAUACGACGGCGGGUUCUGGCUAUUUUCAACUGACAUUAAAUGGUCAAUUAACACAACCGAUUAUUAUUCAAGGUGCACCCAAUGAAGCACGUCCAAUCAUUCAAUGUGCACAAGCCGGUGCAAAUGUUCAAAAUAUUCUCAAUGUUCAAGGGUCAAAUUAUAUGCUGAAACAUUUGGCAUUUACCAAAGGUUCUAGAGGUUUACGCUUAGGACCAGCUGUGACAUCCAAUGCAAUAUUCGAUGAUAUUUAUAUUUAUGAUACUACGGGUACAGCCUUCUCAGCAAACGACGGAGGAAAUGAAUACUUCAAUCUUACGUUGCGAAAUAGUGAAAUCAAAAAUACGAAUGCACUCGGUGCCACAACAGGCGAAUGUGUCUAUUUCGGUUGUGUAAAUGAUGGAUGUCGUGUACGAGAUUCACUUCUUGAACAUAACUACUGCCAUGAUACACUCGGUUCACAAGGAGGUGCUCGAGCUGGAUUUCAAGUUAAAAGUGGUUCAUUUAAUGUAAUAAUUCGUAACAAUGCUUGUUAUAAAGUUGUUGGGCCAUGUAUUGUUGUUUAUGAUGAUUAUAAUCGUGGAAGAAAUAUAAUUACGGGUAAUUUGGCGAUUGAAGCAGGCACAGCUGAUCUUGGUAUACAAUGUACAUCAGGAGCAACCGUCACAAAUAAUAUUAUUAUUAAUGCCAACCUUGCUGGUAUUGGCAUCAUCCAGAACUCAGUCUAUCCCACUGUGGGUUACAUUCGAAACGUAACCAUAAAUCACAAUACUGUUUACAUGUCGCAAGCAGAUGCUUGUCUUCGUUUAAACAGUGUAACAAAUAAUAACAUUAUCAUUGCAAAUAAUGUACUGUAUUGUGGAAAUCAAAAAUCAAUCACAUCUGCCACUAACUUAGCUGGUCUUUCAAUUUAUAAUAAUGCCGUGAAUGGCCCUAUUGGAGCUCCAGGAAUUCAAGCCAACGGAAUUUUCACUGUCGGAAACAAUGUCUUUGCUGAUGUUCAAAACUUGAAUUUCUAUCCAGCUGUAGGAUCUCCAUUGAUUAAUACCAGCGGAUACUUAGAUAAUCAACCUGUAGUCUAUGAUUUCAAUGGAAAAUUGCGAUCAAAGACAAAACCAACUGUUGGUGCCUAUGAAUUCUCCAGCUCAACCAAUCCUGGUUGUUUAAUAGCAAGAAAUUUUAAAUGUGGUUCAUCUACAGCUAUUGUACCGAAUUAUUUCAUUUAA